AGAAGAGGUGAUUGGUUAGACUGCUCAAUGAAGACGGAAGAGGUGAGAGUGUAGAAACCUUUGCCACGGAGCAUCAAAAUCAAAUGUGUCUGGAAGGUUAUUCUCUGCAUUUUAGGGGACCUUCUAACCGUGGAAGUAUCUUGAAUCUUUGCAUAUGCCUACCUGUUGAAUGUUACAGCGGGCGAGGAAACUUUUUCCAGAUACAACGCGUCUAUCAAUAAUUUGUUAAAGAAUUCAGCGCAGAAUCCACCAUCAUUUUUUUUGCGGAUACCAUUCGAUGUUUCAGUAAGAAUCAGCAAAUCAGUUGAAACUUGAAACAACAUAUUUGGCAUCUGAGAAUUAAACAAUUAAACACCUGCCACUUGUACAGGCUGAAGACUAAAGGAAUUACUGAAAGAAGACUUCAGACUGACGCACUAAAUGGAAACACAACCUGCCUUUACUUGUAAAAGUGUAUAACGCAGGUAAAUGAUGCUGGAGGCUGUGUGACUGGCUACUAUGGGACCGAAGAGGGGCUAUUUCGUGGAUGUCACCAUGGUGACUGCACUCUGCCUGCUGUGUGUCAGCCAUGGUCAGAAGCCGGAGGUGCGUGCCAAGGAAGGGGGUGUGGUGGAGAUGGAGUGUAGACUGCCAGCCACGGACACGGGUGCGUCUGUGUCCCUGCACGUGGUGGAAUGGGUGCGCCAGGGCUUCGAGAUCCCAGUCCUGAUCAAGUUUGGAGUGUAUGCUCCUCGGGUGCAUCCCAACUACGAGGGCCGUGUGUCUCUGGUCAGGAACACUGUUCUGAGAGUGAAGGGGCUCCUCAUGGAGGACCAGGGCCUGUACGAGUGUCGCAUCCUCCUGUUGGACCAAACCACAGACGAGACCCACAAUGGGACCUGGACCCUACUGUCUGUAACUGCUCCUCCUAUUUUCACCAAGACCCCUCCCCCUGUCCUGGAGGCUCUAGUGGGGAAUUCUCUCUCUCUAGCCUGUGUUGCUCGUGGCAACCCACCACCCACCAUAACCUGGGCUAAAGAUGGUACUCUGAUUGGAGGAGACAAAGUUGAGCUGCUGAGUGGGACGUUGUCUCUCAGAGCAGUGAGCACGGAGGCCGGAGGACGGUAUGAAUGUCUCGCCACCAACACAGAGGGCAAUGUGACUCAUGUUACAAAGCUGAAGGUCAAAGGUCCUCCAGUUAUUGUUAUCCCCCCGAAUAACAUGGCCCUCAACAUGACCCAGAAUGCCCUGCUGCGGUGCCAGGCCGUGGCUGAUCCCCCCAACAUGACCUAUGUGUGGCAGAGGCAGGGAGAGAACGUCCAUCACAUAGAGCCUCUAAAAUCCCGGGUGAAGAUCAUGGUGGACGGCACCCUCCUCAUCACCCGCAUCACCCCAGACGAUUCUGGGAACUAUACCUGCAUGCCCACCAAUGGCCUGUUAACUCCGCCAACUGCUUCCGCCAGUCUCACUGUGAGACACCCUGCCCAGGCUCUCCUGAUGCCUCAGCAGACGUAUCUCCCCACAGACCUGGGGGGUCUGGUCUCCUGCCCUGUGAGAGCCCAGCCCCUCCUGCUCCGUGUUGAUUGGACCAAGGAUGGACAGCCACUGGAUUUGGCCAUGUACCCAGGAUGGACGCUGACGUCUGAAGGCUCGGUGUUCAUGGCAGCUGUCAAUGAUGAUGCAACAGGCGUGUACAAGUGCACCCCCUACAACAGCUUCGGGACCAUGGGCCAAUCAGGGCCCACGACAGUCAUCCUACAGGACCCCCCGUCACUCAACGUGUCUCCCCGAAAGGUGUAUCGACAGGAGGUGGGGAGGACGCUUGUUAUCCCCUGCCAGACCACUGGAGAGCCAGCCCCUACUGUAACCUGGAGCAAGGUUGCACCUGCCACACUCUCUCAGUACUCUGUAGCAGCCAACGGCUCCCUGCUGCUGCUUCCUCUCACUAAAGACCACCAAGGGGAGUGGGAGUGCAGUGUUACCAACCGCGUGGGAACUGUCAAAGCCAGCACUCUCAUCUCAGCGCUGGGCACCAGUCCCCAUGCUGCCACAUUGGUGUCUGUGUUUCCAGGGGUCAAGCAGGCCAAUGUGUCCUGGGAACCAGGCUUUGAUGGGGGAUACCCCCAGAAAUUCACUGUCUGGUUGAAGCAGAUGUCUGUGGGUGACAGUGGGGAGAAACAGGAGUGGCUCUCUGUGCCCGUGCCCUCCUCCUCUGGCUCCAGUCUGCAGGUGACGGGGCUGGUCCCUGACACAGAGUACCAGUUCAGUGUCCUGCCACACAACAAAGUGGGCACUGGGCCUUUCAGUGAGAUCGCCACCGUCCGAACUCUGAAUACACUCCCAAGGAGAGCGAAACUAGAACCGCCCACAUCGCUCUUAGCCAAUCAGAGCUUGGCAGGUAUAGUCCUGCAAUGGUCUCCUGUGGUUCAGUUCCCGCCCAUCACUGGAUUUGUCCUCCAAUCUCGCGCAGAGCAAGGGGAGUGGUUCAUUCUAGAUGAGGACAUCAGUGCCAAUAGAACUGUGAUGAUCGUUCCAGGUCUGCGCAAGGACUCUGUGUACGAGCUGCGGCUGAUGUCCCGGCGAGGGGUGUUGCUGAGCGAGCCCAGUCCAUCAGUUAACGUCUCCAACAUGGGGAUGGAUAUGUACCCUGCCAGUUCCCGCCUCCUGGAGUUUGUACCCAAGCCGUUAUUGGCUGGAGUGAUGGGAGGCGUUGCCUUCCUGUGUUUGGCCCUCAUCCUGGUCCUGGGGACAGUGUGUAUCAUCAGUCACAAGAGGGACCAGCGACGCAGGAAGAAGAGGAAAGAUGAUCUCCCUCCUGCCAUCUGUAAAAGCCAUCUCUCAACCGGGUCACUUGCUACCAGUCCAGACAGUGUGCUGAAGCAGAAACUCCUCCAGUCCCACUCCCACUAUCCUGGCUCCACCUCCCGCUCCUGCUCCUCCUCCCAGUCGGACCACUCCUCUUUCGACAAACCCAGCCGCAGUGAAUACCAUGACCAGUGCCAGCAGCUGCUCUCAUGCCCCCCACCACCUCCUCACUACGCCCCCCACCACCACCUCCCCAGGACAGGCUCUUCUCCAAAUUCCCCUCUAGAGUUCAUCUUCAGAGGCGCUGACGGUCUCUUCAUGAUGCAGCCCUAUGACCAGGCCUCUGUCCACAUUUCCCACAACAUAAGAUCCCUGAGGAAAGACUUCCCACAAUCCACUGAGGUCCAGCUGUCAGUGUCCCCCUGUGUGAGGAGGGAGCCGCCAUUGGUCCUCUCAGUGGACCUUCCCCCCUGUGGUGGAUCUAACCCCAACCCCACGACCAUGGUCCGGGCCAUGGCCAAACACCUUUCCCUCCAUGGACGAUUCUACCUGGAUGGGAAGAAAGACAGUUGUGCUGGACAUCCAGGCGAGAGUAGUCCCUACUCGGACAGUAACUCAGACAUGUACCCUCAGCCAAGCCUGGAGGAGAGCAAACAAGGAUACCUAUCACUAAAGCGGGCCGUCCAGCCUGCCAUUGCCAGCACCCUGAUGCUACAGAUGGAGCAUGAGAGGGAGACCGGCAACCUGAGCAGGUGUCUGAAGCUGGCCCGGGAGAGGGAGGAGCUGGAGAGAAAGCUACGGAAGUACACACUGGAGAGGAACGCUACUUUAGAUGGGAAGAGCAAGAGACCAGGCAUAGAUGAGGAGAGUUGGAGAGAGACAGAAAAAUGUGAUCCCAUAUGGAAACCUCAGGAAAGCACCUCCCUACAAAAUCACCCCCAUCACUGUCAUCCCCAGGCCAACUGGGGGAGCUCUAGCAUGGCCAAAAGGCCCUUGUCCCCAUCUUAUAUUCACUGGGAGGCCAGCCCUCUCACCUCAGCCACCAGCCUGGUCGCAGCCCUUCACACCACCUCUGAGAGGACAGUGACCCUCCACUGUGACCCUGCAGUCACUCAAUGUCCCUCUUGGUCACCUGUCACACAACACCACCUCAGGGCUAAGAGAGCAGAGGGUCACUCUAAGAGGAGGGUGAGUCACCAGCCACUAGAGAGGCAAAAAGGGAAAGAAGCUGCGAGUUUCAAGACACACACAGGGCUUUGUGAUACUACUCACAUGUCAACAGAGUUGAAGGGAGAUGACUCAGAGUCACAUGAAUGGAACAGCAAGAGCAAUCAAUUCCAUUCCAAUGGCAGAAUUUCACACAAGUCUAAGCCAGAUGUCUCUGUCAACAAAGUGCAUGGUGUAUGGAAAGUGGCGUUAGCAAGGUCACAGCCAUUUGAAAAGCCAUCUCAACACACAGUGUUGGAUCUCUCAGACUGUAUAGAGAUGAGUGUGGAUGAACCAGAAGGCUCAGUUGAUCCUCCUACAAAUCCCAUAAUGCUCCAGAGCCUAUUGGCAGAGAAAGACCACAGAGGACCGCAAACCACAAAAAAAGACCGCAGAGGCCAUCCAUUGGACCGCAAAAAGAGCCCAGUACCUAGAGAGGAGCGGGAGAAGUGGCACAGGAGAUCACCUCGGGGCAGAAGCCCAACUACCAUUCAGCCUCCCAGGCCUGUGCUCAGGAAGGCCCUCAGUCUAGGAUGCUCUCAGAACGGGGACGACCGCCACCACCAGCGCAGCCACAGUCUAGAUUCCAGAAGACAAUCCCAAGGUAACUUCCUGACGCCUGACGCCCGGGUCGACUCUCGCAGCCAUGAGAACUGUUCCUCUCCUUUCUCCUUCCGACCAGACACUGUGUUCUGGGAACCGGAAUUCACCUCAGCUCCUGAGACCAACCACACAGAGGCCCCCACUGCCUUCCCACCUCCCCCUCCUCCCCCCCAGGACCUCCAGCCUCCCAGCAAGGCCCCACAGCAGCUUUAUGAAGCAUACAAGGGUAAUGUGCACAUCCCAAAUGUAAGAAAAUUGGUGCUGAAGAGACAGCAGCCGCUCCCCCCAACCCCUCCUCCAGUGCCUUCGGGCCCCAUCCACCCACCCCACAACCCUUGCAAAAAGGCCUCCAUCUUCCCAGACGCCUCCAGGUGGCCCAUCACCUACCAGGAGGCCCUGAGGUCUGUGCAGCGCAUGGAGGCCAGGAAGAAUGCCUCUCUCUCCAGGGACCACAGGGAGCACCCCAGACCAUCAGACUGUAGAGGCAGAGCUACAGCUCCCUCCCUGCUCAGAGGUUACAGCUGGCCCGCACCCCUUCACACCUCUCAGCCGUCCCAGGAGGAGGAGAAGCAGGAAGAGGUGGUAGAAGAGGAGGAGGAAGGAGAGGAGAGGUAUGGGGGGCAUGAAAUGGAGCUGGAGAUUGGGAGGUAUCAUCGGGGAGUUCCAGACUCAGGGGGGAGCUACAGUAGCUAUGCCAGCCAGAGCAGUGGCAGGGGGAGUCUGGAGCCUCCCAAUGGGCGCAUGUCCAUCCGCCUGUCCCCAACCCUCACCAGCUCUCCUGAGACCAUCGAGGAGAUACAGGGGAACACAGAGGAGACACAUCUACAGGAUAUGGAGGCAUUGAAAGGGAGAAAGGCCUCAGUGGAUAAGAAUUAUGAGUGGGACUCAACUAAUGUGUCCAUUCAGCCAGGAGAUCAAGACCUUGAAGGCACAAGCCUGUUCUCCUCAGUGAGUCUACUGAAGUCUACUCCCAGCAUGCACCAUUCCAGGAAAGGCCUCAAAGAGUCCGUCCAAUUCCAGGGUCAUCACCAUGAGACCAGCCGCUACUCAGAGCCCGAGCCAGAGACUGUGCUGUUCUGACAAUCCCAUCUAUACCUAAGGUCUCGGGUCCUGUCCCCAUGCUUCUCUACAGCCUGGAGCCCUCUGAAUGAUUUCCCUUCACUGGCCCUGUCUGGGCAGAGCACAACCCUCAGCGGCAGAAUAAUUGGUUCAGAAAAAGGUCAGCUUGUUGCCAUCUGCCACCCACCACCAUGACAUUCCUUUAGCUUCUGACUGGACAGGAGGAGGACAGAGAGUGGUACAUCCUGAUUGGACAGGGGGAGGACAGAGAGUGGUACAUCCUGAUUGGACAGGGGGAGGACAGAGAGUGGUACAUCCUGAUUGGACAGGAGGA